AUGGAGGACAUCGAGGAUGUCGUCGCCUUCGGGGAACCUCCAGGGCUUCGCUUACCCCUUCCGCCGUCGUUAGCCAUGAAGCCUAGAACCCGUCAGAGGAGAAAUCGAGCGGUCCCCGCUCCCGCUCCCGGCAUCCCUGGCACUCAGGUUUUACCCGCGUUUGUCUUAGUUUCCUCGAGUUCGCUGUCUUUCCGUCUCAUGCCGCUUCAGAGUGGUUAUGGCUUUGAUUUCUGAUACUCUUUCUUUUUUCUCUAUAUAUUCAUCCUUGUGACUGUCCAUGCUCGAUUUCAGACGAUAUAUUUGAAAACAUUUGGAUGCUCGCACAACCAGGCAAGUGCUCCUUGUCCCUUGUUCCUAUUUUAGCUUGGUUGGGAAACGACAGUCGAAAGGGCAGCUACAAUUUGCGGUGACUGUGAAUCCUCAAGAUGCAGACUUGUUUUCUUUCAGAGUGACAGUGAGUACAUGGCUGGGCAGCUCUCCUCAUUCGGAUAUGCGGUGACUGAUGAUCCUGAAGGGGCAGACCUGUGGCUGAUAAACACGUAAUUCUCGUUCUCUCUUUAACAUUCUCUUUCUGAACUGCCUUUCAGUUUUCUUUAACCAGAGCGUACCUCUUCUCUAGAUCAAAAGCUCUCGUACUUUUGUUCGAUUGCUUCUGUUCUGUACUUAGUGCGUCCAGAGAGGCAUUCUUAUUCUUACUGGUGAAAAAUGUGAUCGGCAUGUUGCGGAUGUUUUUGGCUGAAGCGUUCUUAUUACACCUAGCCUUUCAAGUGCUCGUGAUUUCUACUUAAUUCAUGAAUCCCUCUCGAAUGCAUUUUCUAUCUCCCUCUUUCUUUCUCAGAAGGUCCCCCAGCGUUCUGUGUUAUCUCACAAUGGCGGUAGUUUCACAAGAAUCCUAGUAUAUACCGACUGCAAAGUUCCCCUACUUCUCUACAACUGCUAGAUAUUUAAGGAUUAUCCCGGUUGUUUCAUAUUCUUACCGUCCUAAUGGUCAUACUAAGAAAUCUGAGGUCUUGAACAUUUGGGGUCUCAGAUUUAGCUGCUUCAUGCACCAACCCAGGACGGGCAACUAUAUCAUUUUUGUGUAUGGUACUUAUUUUCCGGCACCAAUUAUUCAAAACAGGUGCACUGUGAAGUCUCCAAGUCAGUCUGCUAUGGAUACUCUUAUUUCGAAGUGCAAAAGCGCAAGAAAGGCACUUGUAGUUGCUGGUUGUGUCCCCCAGGGAAGCCGAGAUCUGAAGGAACUUGAAGGUGUUAGUGUGAUCGGAGUCCAACAAAUAGACCGCGUAGUUGAAGUUGUGGAAGAAACUCUGAAGGGACAUGAAGUGAGGCUCUUAAGUCGGAAAACAUUGCCAUCGCUUGACCUCCCAAAGGUACAGUUUCCUCAGUAGUGCAUGUGAUUUUUUCUUGUAAUCACAUUUUCUUUUAAACAGUUUAUGACUCAUUGGCUAUAACUCUGCCAUUGGGCUUGAAUUCGUAUCAUGUUUUAUUAACAGGUGAGAAAGAACAGAUUUAUUGAGAUUCUUCCAAUUAAUGUUGGUUGUUUAGGGGCUUGCACUUACUGCAAGACAAAACAUGCUCGUGGCCAUUUGGGGAGUUAUACUGUGAGCAGUCUUGUAAGAUUCUCCUGCACUGGUUUGUUGUAAAUUCUUUACAUGCUAUAUGUUUUUUUGAUCAAUUGAAGUCUGAAAUUUUUGGUGUAGGUAGAACGGGUAAAAGCUGUUGUAUCUGAAGGGGUUAAAGAGAUAUGGCUAAGUAGUGAAGAUACGGGAGCGUAUGGUAAAUUUCUGUAUUUUCAUUACGUUGUGUCGUUCUGCUACUAGACAGAAGGUGAUGAUUCGUGCUGGGAAAUAACUCUUUCAUAUGGCUCAACUUCUAGAGUCUCUAAUUAAGUUCUAUAGACGAGUCUCUGGUAACAGCGGAAGUGAAACUCCUGUUGUCAAGGUUAUCUCGCUUGAUGAAUAGUGGGCUUUCAGAGGUCAUCUUUAAAAUUAUUAGCAAAUUCAGGAUACAAAUAGACGAGAAAGAAGUUUCAAUAUUGGCCCCUUGCCAAUUUUUGCAGGAUAUUUUGCCAACGGUGUACUCGUACAUCUAAUUGGACAUUCUUGGUAGUGCUAGAUUGUGAUGCUCAUAUUGAUCUGUAGAAUUCACAUGGGAGUGGGGUAUAUGUUGCCGUUGAGAUUCAAUCCAGUGCAUUCAUUUCAAUUCCCUGUCAUCUUGAUCAUAAUGCAGGGCGCGACAUUGGAGUAAAUCUCCCAACCUUAUUGAAUGCAAUUGUUGCGGAACUUCCUGCUGAUAGAAGUACAAUGCUGCGUAUCGGAAUGACGAAUCCCCCCUUUAUACUGGAGCAUUUGAUAGAGAUCGCUGAGAUUUUUCGCCAUCCAUGUGUUUAUUCCUUUCUUCACGUUCCUGUGCAAUCCGGGAGCGACUCAGUCCUCAGUGUAAGUUGUGAAGCUGAAAGCCUUUUUGUGGCAUAAGAAUUCUAUUGCAUGGACACACACGCACAGAUCAUAGUUGUUUGGUUUGUAAUCAGUUCGUCAAUAUUUUGGCUCUCACUUGAAUCCUAUUCGCAUGAUGGCAGGUGAUGAAUCGUGAAUACACGGUCAGUGAUUUCAGAUCUGUCGUGGAUACCCUGACUCAACUUGUUCCCGGAAUGCAGAUUGCGACUGAUAUUAUCUGUGGAUUCCCCGGUAUAUCCUCAUCGGUUUGCAUCAAAUUCUGGCUCCUUGAAAUAAAAACUUCAGUUUUUAAAGCUAUACCCUUGUGCCCUUCUUUCUUCAGGGGAGACUGAUGACGAUUUUGCUCAAACUGUUGACCUUGUCAAGGAGUACAGCUUUCCUCAGGUUCAUAUCUCCCAGUUCUAUCCCAGACCAGGUAGGCCCUUUGGCUCAGCCCAUCAUCUCGUCGCAUCUCUUUCGGGUUCCUUUUCUAUCUUUUCUGGCUUGGAUCCCAUGUGCUUGCGAGAUGAGCGAUAGAAUGAAAGAGGAAGAAUCAUAUCACGAGAGUUACUUGAGUGGUGUGCAUGGAAGUUUCUUCUGAAUGAGGAACGUCUUGAAGGCGACAGGAUUAUAAUCUAUAUCGAGAAUGCCUGCUUUUGGUCAACUUUCUGAAGGUCAGGCGCGCUGCUUUUGGUUACUCAGGGACACCUGCUGCGAGGAUGAAGAAGGUCCCGAGCACAGAAGUGAAGAAGCGGAGUCGUGAAUUGACGGCUGUUUUUGAGUCGUUCUCCCCUUACCAAGGGAUGGAAGGUCAAAUCGAGAGGAUAUGGAUCACAGAAAUCGCCACCGAUGGGGUUCAUCUGGUACAUAAACUUCCCCGUCUUCCCCCCCUCUCUCAUAUUUUCCCCGCUGUUUCCUGCACUUGAUCUCUAUCGCAGAUUCCCGAAGCCACUGUAAGUCCUCCUGGGAUUGGGUGAUGCUGAUGCAGUGGAUGGAGAGGACAUUCGUUACUGGAUCUUUGGGUCAGUCUCUUCUUUUGUGAUUCCCAGGUGGGCCACACAAAAGGAUACAUCCAGGUGCUUGUGAUUGCCCCGGAGCGGAUGCUGGGGACAUCCGCCGACGUGAAGAUCAUCUCCGUGGGCAGGUGGUCCGUCUUUGGGGAGAUUCUUGAACCUCCAGCUCCAGUCCCUGGCGAGGAGGGCCUCCCAUCAAGCGCUUUUCACUGCCGACCUUCGCCCCAAGAGCGGAGAACCCACGGCUGCGGCUGCUCGGGAGAACCGGCGGCCGUCGACAAGUUGGUCCUGGACGAGCCGUCAGCUAUAGCUCAUCAAGCUGCAAGUAAUCUCAGUGGCUUCUUCCGUUCGGUGCCGCUGCUCCGGAAGCGGAAGGUUGGUGGCCGAACCGAUGCGCCUGCGACGGACUCGACGGAGAGGCUGAUGAAGGAGAAGGGUGAGCUCGGCGCUCUGGACUGGGUUCUUAUCGGCGGCGCAUUUUUUAGCUUCCUGACCAUUGUAUUCGUAUUGAUAGUCCUAAUCCCUAAGAUUGCUUCCACCAGAUGA